UGACCGCCGUUCAUCGUCUCAUGUACACUCUGUACAGUAUGUACAAAUAAUACUAUAAAAUCCAAACAGCAAUAAUAGGCAGCAGGUACUACGUACCAGUUAGGUACUCGUCGGUGUAUAUGGCGUAUAUUAUUGGUGGGUUAGGUACUACCGUACUACUGCCGCUUGUUACCGCUAGAACUCGAACUGUAGCGUCGUUGUUCCGCCGUAUGGAACGGAGAAAAUUGUGUAUUAGUUCGAGCGGCAUCGUUCGUCAGAGUAUGGUGUUGUUGACAGGUGUUAUCACUAUCGAGAAGAAGUAGUAUUUUUUUUAAUCGUUUUCGGUUUUUGAUAUUCGAUCGGAGAAAAAACUUUGUAGACGCUCAUGAUGACGGAAACGGUGGUUAAUGUGCAACAGGCACCGAACAACAAUGCAGCAAAUAACAAAACCAGUGAUAACCAAGGAUUGUCUUGGAUAAAAAUUAAUCUCGAUUACUUCAAGAGCCCACCAGGAAUUAUCAAAAUCGUAGAAUUGAUUUUGGGAAUUCUUUGUAUGACCUUAGCGUCACCAGCAUAUCUGUCGGGAACCCACUUUUUCCUGUUUGUAGCAACAGUGAGUUUUAUUGGUACCCUUAUAUGGAUUUUUGUAUAUCUACUUGGUGUUAGGGAGGCUUUAAAUCUGCCAAUUAACUGGCUGCUUACGGAACUUCUAAACACUUGUAUAUGUACAGUGAUGUACCUGAUUGCAUUCAUUGUUCAACUUUCGGUAUGGGCAGGACCUUACAUACACUUCAGAGGGGUCAAUUUGGCUGCAGGUGUGUUUGGACUAUUUAACACACUUGCUUAUGGUUUCGGAACGUACCUGCUGUACUCGGAAUGGAAGAGUAACCAAAACAAUUAAUUAAUAAAAGCAUUUUUCGUUAAUAAGUAACGGUAAAGUGUAUAUUUACGUAUUUAUUAUUUUAAUAAUACAACUCGUGUACAAAAAGAAAGCACGUAUAAUUUUAUACCACUGAUACUUAAGAGAAUUCAAAUUCACAAAGAAAAUACGCAAUCGUAUGUGUAAAUACUAUAAAAAGUCGAAACUGCCCAAUACUACUUUAUUAUUACGAUUAUGCAUCAAUAAAUGAAUAAGUAAAAAUCUA